ACCAAAAAAUGCCAGAUAGAGCAGAGCUAGAGGUGCACAUGCGGAUAUGACCGACCCACAGUAGCGAUGAUUUACAUCCAGACUAUUUUAUCCAUGCAUGGUGAAUUCUGUCAAUCAAUGAAAUCGUCGCUCAGCUAUAUCGCUAUUCACAGGCGGACAGUAACCACUUCUUUGAAGUAACCUGAUUGAGUGAGGAGCUGAGUGAGUCGCCACAGCCCCGGAACAUGGCAACACGACUUCUGCUGCUCAGCCAUGCACUUGUUGUCUGGGGUUUACAGCUCAGCGUGUCAGCGGCCGACUCGCAACCACCGAACAUCCUCUUCAUUGUCGCUGACGACUUGGGCUGGAAUGAUGUUGGCUGGCAUGGCUCGGAAAUCCUCACUCCCAAUUUGGACGCGCUUGUGAAGGACGGUGUGCAGCUGGAUCAUUCCUAUGUGCAGCCAAUAUGCUCACCGACGCGUAGCUCCAUCAUGUCAGGAAAGUUUGUCAGUCACACUGGAAUACAGAGCUUAAUCCAUUCCACCAAGCCAUGCGGCCUGCCAACCAACAUCACCACCAUAGCGCAGCAGUUGAAGCAGUUGGGCUACGCUACGCACGCCGUGGGAAAGUGGCACCAGGGCUACUGCAAACCAGAGUACACACCGUCGCACCGCGGCUUUGACACGUUCUUUGGCUACUACACAGGCGCCGAGGAGUACUUCACUCAUCUGCGAAGUGACCACGUUGACAACAAGAGUUGGACGGCGCUGGACUUCCAUCUUGACACACCGGAUAACUAUACAAACGUAUUCAACAUGAAUGGAACGUACUCUGCAUAUGCCUUCACGGACCGUGCCAUCAAUAUUAUUGACAAUCACGACAAGACCAAGCCAUUGUAUAUCUAUCUACCUUUUCAAUCUGUACAUGCUCCCCUGGAGGUGCCGCCGCAGUAUCCUGCAAAAUAUCCCAAGAUCAACGACAAGAACCGCAAAACGUUCGCCGGCAUGGUGUCAGCUUUGGACGAGGCAGUUGGCAAUGUGACGUCGGCGUGGAAACGCAACGGUCUCUAUGAGAACUCGGUCAUCGUGUUCACCACUGAUAAUGGCGGUCUGGUCCACGCCGGGGGUAACAACUAUCCGCUGCGAGGUCAGAAGUUCACACUGUGGGAAGGUGGCACGCGAGGCUCUGCAUUUGUCUCCGGUCCCCUGCUGAACAAGACUGGCUAUAUCUAUCCUGGGUUGGUUCAUGUCGUCGACUGGUACCCAACUCUGGUUGAAGUUGCUGGAGGAGACGUUAGCAGUUUGGAUGUGGAUGGAUACCCAAUGUGGUCUCACUUUUCCAACAACCUGACAUCCCCGCGUACCAGCUUUCCCUACCUGAUUCACAAUGAGUCACGGACGUUCGUGAUCCGCGUUGACAACUGGAAGCUAAUGGUCGGUGUUGAGAACACGACGCAAGGUGGGUGGUUUCCGCCGCCGGGUGUUGCUACUCCUGUGGAUGCGGCACUCCAUGGCAAGGACGACUACAGUUCGGAACUAGAAGACACCGUGGCCCAGCAGCUGCAGGGUGACCUUGACAAGAAGCCUAAACCACAACCCGUCUAUCUAUUCAACUUGGAAGAUGAUCCGACAGAACAUAACGACCUGGCGCAGAGCAAUCCAGAGCAGGUGUCGGUGAUGAUGCAACACCUGACGGAGAUGCUGCAGCCGUACACGCCGGACGCAUGUGCACAGGUCAAGGACUCGCCCAAGAGCAACCCGGCCAACUUUCACAAUGCCUACUCUACUGGGUGGUGCUGAUCAGGGAGAGUAGUAAAACAUCAUAAUUUCACUACUCCCUGGUGCCGAUGUCUAACACUUUACACAGCAUAUUAUCUAGCUGUAGGCACACCGGUAUGCCAUUUACUCCCCAGGUUAACGUGUGACUG